AUGAAUUUUCAUAAAUAUAAUGAUAAGAAGAGGCAUCUAACGACAUACGGAGAUGAACAUAAUUUUCAACCCCCGCAAGGAACAUCAUCAUCUCCUCCAUCAGUUAUACAUGGUCAGCAAGUUUUUUACUUAAAUACAAUUCCUCAGUUUCCUUAUACUCAACCCAUAUAUAAUCAUCACAUGAACUAUGUAAACAUGAUCCAUAAUAGUGAAACUAAUUAUAUAAGUAAAAGAUCAAUGAAGAAAAAAAAAAAUUAUCAUCAAUACAAUAAACAUCAUAAUAAUGAAAAUUCUCAUCUGAGAGAGGCAGUUGAAGACCCAUGGGGCCAGCUUUACGGAAGAUACCCUGGCAUUCAUUUUACUUGA